CUGCAAGCUGAUUGGACACACAGCUAAAGGCUACAUUUUGUGCUUCCUGUGUUGCCCGCAGCGGGCGUUUGAUCCUGACGGGUGUAUUGGUACCUGCAGUGCCCGGUUUUGUGUGUGUGACCCGCAGGGGGUGGGCGCUUCGCCCACAGUGGGCAGCUGCACGGUCGUAGCAGGCUGGCAACAUCAAACAAAAUGUCGUCUUCUGAUACAUUCAGCCUGGUUGCGCAAUCAAGGUUUGAUUCAAAAUGGCUGAAAACAGACUUGCAGCUUGCAUUUACACGAGAUGGGUUUUGCAGCCUAUGGAACGAAAUGGUGAAAGAUGGUGAGAUUGUUUAUUCUGGGAACGACUUGUCACAAAGUGUAGAACCUGCUUCAAGGAAAGACGACAUUAAUGAUCCUCAAAGCAGCACAAAAAAGGAAGAUCAGAACGACAAAGAGAAAAAAGAGGAAGAUGAUGUACCAGCACCAAACUAUAAGGCCAAAACUAUUAUGGACAGCUGGGUGUGGGGCAGACAACCAGAUGUGAAUGAGCUGAAAGAAUGCCUCUCUGUACUUGUGAAGGAGCAACAAUCGCUUGCAGUGCAGACAGCCACAACCACACUAUCUGCAAUUAGGUUAAAGCAAAGACUGGUGAUUCUAGAACGCUAUUUUAUUGCACUGAACAGGACAGUAUUUCAGUACAAUGUCAAAGCAAAAUGGAAAAGUACCAGUGUCCCUGUGCCUUCUGCUGAAAAGAAAAGCUCACGUCCAGUUGGCCAGGGUGUUGAAGGACUUGCCAGGGUUGGCUCCAGAGCUGCGCUUUCCUUUGCAUUUGCAUUCCUGCGCAGGGCAUGGAGAUCUGGUGAGGAUGCUGAUCUUUGCAGUGAACUGUUACAAGAAUCCCUUGAUGCACUGAGAGCGCUUCCAGAGGCCACACUGUUUGAUGAGGGCACCGUUUCAUCUGUCUGGCUAGAAGUUGUAGAGAGGGCUACCAAAUUUUUAAGGUCUGUUACAGGUGAUGUCCAUGGUGCUCAGAGCCCCCGGAGUCCUGGAAACAUUCCACUGCAAGAUCAGCACUUGGCACUUGCAAUUUUACUUGAGCUAGCUGUCCAGAGGGGUACCUUAAGCCAAAUGUUAUCUGCUGUUAUGCUGCUGCUUCAGCUUUGGGACAAUGGAACUAGGGAGACUGACAAUGAAAGGUCAGCCCAGGGAACCAGCGCUCCUCUCCUCCCAUUGUUACAAAGGUUUCAGAGCAUUGUGUGCAAUAAAGAGACCCAUAACCUGGAGAAAGAAGCACAGAUACUGUCUUGCCCUCUGAGCCCAAAUGAAAGCUUUCUGAGGUAUCUGAUCUUGCCUCAAGACAAUGACCUGGCUAUUGAUUUGAGGCAAACAGCAGUUGUGGUCAUGGCUCAUCUGGACCGCUUGGCUGCUCCUUGUAUGCCUCCUCAAUGCAGCUCGCCAACAUCACACAAGGGUUCACUGCAGGAGGUGAUCAGCUGGGGUUUAUUAGGAUGGAAAUAUUAUGCCAAUGUGAAUGGCCCGAUUCAAUGUGAAGCUCUGGCUAAUCUUGGAGUUACGCAUAUUGCCUGUGCUGAGAAAUGCUUUCUCAUACUCUCCAGGAAUGGGAAAGUAUACACUCAGGCUUACAAUAAUAAUACACUGGGACCACAGUUGGUGCAAGGUCUUGCUUCCCGCAAUAUUGUGAAGAUUGCCUCACACUCUGAUGGACAGCAUUACCUGGCCUUAUCUGCAGCUGGUGAGGUCUUUUCAUGGGGCUGCGGUGAUGGUGGGAGACUAGGCCAUGGAGACACUGUGUCCAUAGAAGAGCCCAAGUUAAUAUCUGCAUUGUGUGGCAAGCAGACAGGAAAACAUAUUGUGCACAUUGCAUGUGGGAGCACAUAUAGCGCGGCUAUCACUGCAGAUGGAGAGCUGUAUACAUGGGGUCGUGGCAAUUAUGGGCGGCUGGGUCAUGGUUCUAGUGAAGAUCAGACCGUCCCUAUGAUAGUAACAGGACUUAAAGGGCUUAAGGUUGUGGAUGUAUCAUGUGGGAGUGGAGAUGCUCAAACACUGGCAGUAACUGAGAAUGGUCAGGUAUGGUCUUGGGGCGAUGGCGACUAUGGAAAAUUAGGAAGAGGUGGCAGUGAUGGCUGCAAAACCCCCAAACUCAUUGACAAGUUGCAAGACCUGGAUAUUGUGAAAGUGCGAUGUGGCAGUCAGUUUUCCAUAGCCAUUACCAAAGAUGGACAGGUAUACUCCUGGGGAAAAGGAGACAAUCAGAGGCUGGGCCAUGGAACAGAAGAGCAUGUCAGAUACCCCAAGAUCUUGGAUGGCUUACAAGGCAAAAAAGUGGUUGAUGUAGCAGUGGGCUCCACGCAUUGCUUAGCUUUAACGGAAUCUGGUGAAGUCUAUAGUUGGGGGAGCAAUGACCAGUGCCAGCAUUUUGACACCCUAAGAAUUGCUAAACCUGAGCCUUCGGUGCUUCCAGGAUUGGACUCCAAACACAUAGUUGGAAUUUCAUGUGGCCCGGCACAGAGUUUCACCUGGUCAUCUUGUUCUGAAUGGUCAAUUGGUCUACGUGUGCCCUUUGUGGUCGACGUCUGCCCGAUGACUUUUGAACAGCUUGACCUUUUGCUACGCCAAGUCAGUGAAGGAAUGGAUGGGAGUUCAGACUGGCCACCUCCGCAGGAGAAGGAGUGCAUGGCAGUGGCAACGCUGAAUCUGCUGCGGUUGCAGCUACAUGCAGCCAUUAGCCACCAAGUUGAUCCAGAAUGCCUGAGCCUUGGUCUUGGCAGUACCUUGUUAAAUAGUUUGAAGCAGACAGUAGUCACAUUGGCCAGCAAUGCCGGGGUGCUCAAUACAGUGCAGACAGCUGCCCAAGCUGUAUUACAAAGUGGAUGGUCUGUCCUCUUGCCAACGGCCGAAGAGAGAGCCAGGGCCCUCUCUGCCCUUCUUCCAAAUGCAGCUUCUGGAAAUGAAAUGACCAUAAGCCCUGGCCGGCGCUUUAUGAUUGAUCUGCUAGUGAGCAGUUUGAUGGCAGAUGGGGGCCUGGAGUGUGCUUUAAAAACUGCAAUAACUGCUGAGAUUCAGGAUAUAGAAGCCAAAAAGGAAGCACAGAAGGAGAAGGAAAUUGAUGAACAGGAAGCUAAUGCAUCAACGCUGCACAGGAGCAGCACCCCUCUGGAUAAGGAUUUAAUUAAUACUGGUAUAUAUGAGUCAGCUGGGAAGCAGACUCUCCCUCUAGUGCAGCUCAUACAGCAGUUACUAAGGAACAUUGCUUCCCAAACAAUCGCUAAACUGAAAGAUAUGGCCAGGCACCUUUCUUCUUGCCUGGAACAGGAGCUUUACAGUAAGGAGAGGUCAGCAUCGAUGGAUCUGCUGUUACGUUUUCAGAGAUUGCUUAUCAGCAAGCUGUACCCUGGCACUGGCAUUGACCAAACUACGAACACACAUGCCCCUGAACUCCUAGGUGUUGGUUCCCUCUUAAAGAAGUACACAGCUUUGUUAUGCACACACAUUGGAGAUAUACUUCCUGUUGCAACUAACAUUGCCUCAACCUCACACAGACAUUUUGCAGAAGUGUCCCGUAUUGUGGCAGGUGAUCUAACAGGUGUUCUUCUUCCAGAACUUGUGGCGUCAACAGUGCUGCUCCUCUCCAAAAAUGCUUGGCUCAUGCAGGAAGCUGGAGCUAUCCCUCUUCUCGCCAGUCUUCUAGAGCCUCUCGAUAGAUUCAAUCAUUUGGCACCAGGAAAGGAAAGGGAUGACAACGAGGACUUAGCCUGGCCAGGAAUAAUGAACUCGUUUUUUAGUGGCCAGAGCUCUAGAAACAAUGAGGAGGUGACAUUGAUACGUAAAGCUGAUCUGGAGAACCACAACAAAGAUGGAGGUUUCUGGACUGUAAUAGAUGGAAAAGUUUAUGACAUAAAGGAUUUCCAAGCCCAGUCUCUGCAUGCAAACACAAUACUUGCUCAUUUUGCUGGUGAGGACCCAGUAGUUGCUCUUGAGGCUGCCCUACAGUUUGAGGACACCAGAGAGUCAAUGCAAGCAUUCUGUGUUGGUCAUUACAUGGAGCCAGAUCAAGAAGUGAUUACUGCGCCAGACCUUAGCACCUUGUCUUCCCCUCUCAUGGACACAGAGAGAAAUCUGGGCCUUCUUCUUGGACUUCAUGCAUCCUACCUCGCAUUAAGUACACCCUUGUCUCCUGUGGAGGUUGAGUGUGCCAAAUGGUUGAAGUCCUCCAUUUUUUCUGGGGGUCUGCAGACCAGUCAGAUUCACUACAGUUACAACGAAGAGAAAGAUGAGGACCAUUGCAGCUCCCCUGGAAAUGCAGCAGCCAACAAAGCCAAGCUUUACUCACAUCGGCUCUCAAUGAGUGAUCAUUCUCAGCCUUUCCUACAGGCAAUUGCUGAUAACAAUAUCCAAGACCACAAUGUGAAGGACUUCUUGUGUCAAAUAGAAAGGUAUUGUAAGCAGUGUCACUUGAUCACGCCAAUAACAUUUCCCCCAGAGCAUCCUGUGGAAGAGGUUGGGCGCUUGUUGCUGUGUUGUCUUUUGAAACAUGAGGAUUUAGGUACCAUAGCUCUUUCUCUGGUUCACCAUGCCGCUCUGAAUGUGGAUCACAUUAAACAAAAAGCGCUUCCCAAAUCUGUAGCGGAUGUUUGUCGUGUUGUUUACCAAGCCAAAUGCUCUCUUAUUAAGACUCAUCAGGAACAAGGACGCUCCUACAAGGAAGUGUGCGCCCCUGUCAUUGAGCGCUUGAGGUUUUUGUUCAAUGAACUUCGCCCUGCAGUAUGCAAUGACUUGUCUAUCUUGUCAAAGCUAAAACUCUUGAGCUCAGCACCUCGCUGGAAGAGAGUUGUUCAAAAAAUCAUCCGCGAGAAAAGGAAAAAGAAAGUAUCCAAAAAAUCUUCAGAUGUCGAAGACACAAAAAUUGUAAACGAAGAAGGUGAAUUGGAGGAGCCUUGUGUCCUCCCAUCCAGCCCUGUGUCUCUGGAUAAGAAACCCAUAACUCUGAAAUCUCCUAAGGAUAAAUUGCAGCCUAUUUUGAGUACUGUCACUGGGGUUCACAAAUAUAAGUGGCUAAAACAUACCGUGCAGGGCACUUAUCCACAGUCUGCAUUGUUAUCCACCAUUGUUGAAUUUGCAUUAAAGGAAGAACCAGUUGAUGUGGAGAAAAUGAGGAAAUGCUUGUUAAAACAGUUGGAAAGAGCAGAGGUUCGCUUGGAAGGAAUUGACACUAUGCUAAAACUGGCUACAAAAACCUUCUUGCUCCCAUCAGUGCAAUAUGCCAUGUUUUGUGGAUGGCAGAGACUUGUCCCUGAGGGAACCAGCCUAAGUGAGCCUCUGACGGACUGUUUAAAAGAGAUUGAUCUCAUACCACCUUUUAACCGAAUGCUUCUUGAGGUGACCUUUGGAAAACUGUAUGCAUGGGCUAUUCAAAAUAUUAGGAACAUAUUACUGGAUGCCAUUAGCAGGUUCAAGGAAAUGGGUGUUCAGCCUGUUCCUCUUCAGAUGAUAACUAAUGAAAAUCCAUCAGGACCAAGCCUGGGGACAAUCCCACAAGCACGCUUCUUGCUUGUAAUGUUAAACAUGCUGACACGCCAACAUGGAGCAAACAGCCUCAACCUGCUUCUCAAUUCCGGCAUGCUGGCUCUGACUCAGACUAUCCUGCGUCUCAUUGGUCCUAGUUCUGAUAACAUUGAAGAUGAAUCUGGCACUUUUGUCCUGGGAGCCUCAGCCACAGUAUUGGAAGAGUCAAGAAAAGAGACCACGCCGGUUCAGCUCCCAGCAUCUGGCCCAGAACUAGCAGCUAUGAUGAAAAUUGGAACCAGAGUGAUGAGAGGUGUUGAUUGGAAAUGGGGGGACCAGGAUGGACCACCCCCUGGCUUGGGUCGUGUUAUUGGAGAACUUGGAGAGGACGGCUGGAUUAGAGUACAGUGGGAUACUGGUAGCACAAACUCUUACCGAAUGGGAAAAGAAGGAAAGUAUGACCUGAAGCUCACUGAGCCUCCCCCAGCUACUCAGCCUAUGGCAGAUGACUCUGACACAGAGGAUGAUUCAGAGGGAGACCAGCUUGAGCGGAAUUUGCAUCCCACCUCAAUGAUGUUGAUGAGCACGGUAAACCUCCUUCAGAACUUGUGCCUUUCAGCAGGUGUCAAUGCUGAGGUCAUGCAAAGUGAAGCCACUAGAACUUUGUGUGGGUUGUUGCGCAUGUUGGUGGAAAGUGGCACACAGGAUAAGACUGUGACCUCAUCCAGUAAGAUGGUGUACAAAGAGCAGCAUAAAAACUGGUGCUCUCUGGGAUUUAUUCGUAAUAUUGCCCUUAUGCCCCAGAUGUGUAGUACACUCAGCAUGUCACAGUGGAUAUCACUUCUAAUGAAAAUUGUGGAGGGACCAGAAUCUUUCACAGCUGCUUCUCUGCAGAGACAGAUUCUUGCUGUCCGACUACUACAGGCAGUGCUUCCAUCUUGGGACAAAACAGAAAGGUUAUGUGACAUGAAACUUCUUGUUGAAAAGCUGUUUGGUUUUCUUGGGAGUCUGCUGAGUACUUGCUCCUCUGACAUCCCCCUGCUCCGAGAGUCCACCUUGCGGAGGAGAAAGGCACGUCCCCAGGCAUCGUUGACUGCCACCCACAGCAGUACGUUGGCGGAAGAGAUUGUGGCUUUACUGCGCACUCUCCAUUCCCUGAACCAGUGGAACAACCUCAUCAACAAAUACAUAAACUCCCAGCUUAACUCUGUAACCAGCAUCUUUGAAGGAAAACGUGCUGAUAUGGCUGUUUUAGAAGACUACUUUCCGGAUUCAGAGAGUCCAGAUGUGGGCAGCCUAAUGGCUGUCUUGGCAGUUAUUGGUGGUAUAGACAGCCGAUUGCGUCUGGGUGGUCACGUAGUGCACGAUGAAUUUGGCGAGGGAACUGUUACACGGAUCACUCCAAAAGGAAAAAUCACAGUACAGUUCCAUGAAAUGAGAAACAGUCGGGUUUGCCCUUUGAAUCAGCUCCACCCGUUACCAGUGGUUCCAUUUAGUGUGAACAACUUGCCCUUUACUGAGCCGAUGCUGUCUGUCUGGGCUCAGCUGGUGAAUUUGGCAGGGUGCAAGGUAGACAAACACAAGCUGAAGAAGUCUCUUAGCCAUGGACUAGUAGACCAAGUGGACUUGGACAGGUUGAGGUGCCAGCAGUUGAAGCUGUACAUACUGAAAGCUGGCUGGGCCCUUCUCUCUCACCAGGACAGAUUGAGACAGAUCUUAUCCCAGCCAUCACUUCAAGAGGCAGGCAUCAUUCCAACUGAUGAAGGUGCUGCAGCAUCACCUGACAUUGGUGAUAUGUCUCCUGAUGGACCUCAGCCACCAAUGAUACUUCUGCAGCAGUUACUAACAGCAGCUACUCAGCCUUCUCCAGUGAAAGCCAUAUUUGACAAACAAGAACUGGAGGCUGCUGCUUUGGCCGUCUGUCAGUAUUUAGCGGUGGAGUCUACACAUCCAUCCACUCCCCUCUUUGAGGACUUUUGUAGCUCCAGUGAGAUAUCUUCGCCUGUCACAGUGCAACACAUCCGUCCGCCAAAAGUAAAGAAGCGCAAGCAGUCUCCUGUCCCACCCGUUCCCAUUGUAGUUCAACUGAUGGACAUGGGAUUUCAGAGAAAAAACAUUGAGUUUGCACUCAAGUCCCUCUCUGGAGCAUCCGGAACAGCAUCAAGUUCCCCAGGAGUGGAGGCUUUAGUAGGGUGGCUGGUGGAUCACCCCGACAUCCAGGUCACCGAAUUGUCUGAUGUUGACACAGCUUCAGAAGAGUCAGAUGAUGAAGUGGUAGAAGAAGUCGAAGAGCUGGAAGCCACAUACCCAGUGCCCAGUGGUGCAGUUGUGACAGAAAGCCAAACUUAUAAGAAAAGAGCUGAUUUCUUAAGCAACGAUGAUUAUGCAGUGUAUGUGAGGGAGAAUAUCCAGGUUGGUAUGAUGGUACGAUGUUGCCGAACAUAUGAAGAAGUUUGCGAGGGCGAUGUAGGGAAAGUUAUUAAGUUGGACCGAGAUGGUCUUCAUGACCUUAACGUUCAGUGUGAUUGGCAGCAGAAAGGUGGCACCUAUUGGGUACGGUACAUCCAUGUGGAACUAUUAGGUUUCCCACCACAGAGUUCUCCGUCACACAUCAAAAUUGGUGACAAAGUGCGGGUGAAGGCCUCAGUUACAACACCAAAAUACAAAUGGGGAUCCGUAACUCAUAGAAGCGUGGGGGUUGUAAAAGCUUUCAGUGCCAAUGGAAAAGAUGUUAUUGUAGAUUUCCCUCAGCAGUCUCAUUGGACAGGAUUGCUGUCGGAAAUGGAGCUGGUCCCGAGCAUUCACCCUGGAGUAACCUGCGAUGGCUGCCAGAUGUUCCCUAUUCAUGGACCAAGGUUCAAAUGUCGCAACUGUGAUGACUUUGAUUUCUGUGAAACGUGCUUCAAAAACAGAAAACAUAAUACAAGACACACGUUUGGCAGGAUAAAUGAACCAGGCCAGUCCCCCGUGUUUUGUGGACGCUCCGGCAGACAGCUGAAGCGGCGCCAUAGUGGACAGCGGGGAAUGCUCCUUGAUGACUGGUCAAGGAUUGUAAAAAACCUAAAUGUUUCCUCAUCUGUGAAUCAAGCCUCACGUCUUAUUGACAGUAGUGAUCAGUGCUGGCAAUCAUCUGGGUCACAAGGAAAGCACUGGAUCCGUUUGGAGAUCUUCCCCGAUGUGUUGGUUCAUAGACUGAUGAUGAUUGUGGAUCCCGCAGACAGCAGCUAUAUGCCUUCUCUCGUUGUUGUUUCAGGUGGCAAUUCCCUCAAUAACUUGAUAGAAUUGAAGACAAUCAACAUCAACCCAACAGAUAUGAGCGUGCUGCUCCUCAGUGACUCUACAGAAUAUCACAGGUAUAUAGAAAUUGCAAUAAAGCAAUGCCGAAGCUCUGGCAUAGACUGUAAAAUCCAUGAGCUGAGCAUCAUUGGACAGAUUCGGGCAGAAGAUGAGGACUUGGCCACUGUUCCUUUCCUUGCUUCAGAUAAUGAGGAAGAAGAUGAUGAUAAAGCCAGCACUGGCAGCUUCGUGAGGAAAAAGACAGCUGGCUUAGAAUCGACAGCAUCGAUCAGGACCAAGGUUUUUGUGUGGGGUCUAAAUGACAAAGAUCAGCUAGGAGGACUAAAGGGUUCCAAGAUCAAAGUUCCUUCGUUUUCUGAGACACUCUCAGCUCUUAAUGUUGUACAGGUUGCUGGUGGAUCAAAAAGUCUUUUUGCAGUUACUGCAGAGGGUAAAGUGUAUGCAUGUGGAGAGGCCACGAAUGGAAGAUUGGGUCUUGGCCUUUCCAGUGGCACUGUGCCCAUUCCGCGCCAAACCACGGCUCUUAGUAACUAUGUAGUGAAGAAAGUUGCUGUUCAUUCAGGUGGAAGGCACGCGAUGGCUUUAACAGUGGAUGGAAAGAUUUUCUCCUGGGGUGAGGGUGAUGAUGGGAAGCUUGGACAUUUUAGCAGAAUGAACUGUGAUAAACCUCGUCUGGUAGAGGCGCUGAAAACUAAACGCAUUCGGGACAUUGCGUGUGGCAGCUCUCAUAGCGCGGCGAUUACAUCUAGCGGUGAAUUGUACACAUGGGGCCUUGGAGAAUAUGGUCGCCUUGGACAUGGGGACAACACAACACAGCUAAAACCUAAAAUGGUAAAGGUACUUCUGGGACAUAGGGUGAUACAGGUGGCGUGCGGAAGUAGGGAUGCACAGACUCUGGCGUUGACAGAUGAGGGACUGGUAUUUUCCUGGGGUGAUGGAGAUUUUGGAAAGCUAGGUCGUGGAGGCAGCGAAGGCUGCAAUAUUCCUCAGAAUAUCGAGAGACUGAAUGGACAAGGAGUUUGCCAGAUUGAAUGUGGAGCUCAGUUUUCUUUGGCACUCACAAAGUCCGGAGUUGUGUGGACAUGGGGAAAAGGUGACUACUUCCGGCUUGGUCAUGGUACUGAUGUCCAUGUAAGAAAACCACAAGUGGUGGAAGGGCUCAGAGGAAAGAAGAUUGUUCAUGUAGCAGUUGGUGCUCUCCAUUGCCUUGCAGUUACUGACACAGGACAGGUUUAUGCAUGGGGUGACAAUGAUCAUGGCCAACAAGGCAACGGGACAACUACUGUCAACAGAAAACCUACACUUGUUCAUGGGUUGGAAGGGCAGAAGAUAACACGUGUGGCUUGUGGGUCCUCUCACAGUGUGGCUUGGACAACUGUGGAUGUAGCCACGCCUUCUGUCCAUGAACCUGUCCUUUUCCAAACAGCCAGGGACCCCCUUGGAGCUUCCUAUCUUGGUGUUCCAUCAGAUUCAGAGUCAUCUUCCACCUCCUCCAGCAAUAAAAUAAGUGGAGUGAAUAACUUCAAACCUAACCGACCGUCCCUAGCCAAAAUACUUCUGUCUAUUGAUGGCAGCCUUGCUAAACAACAAGCACUCUCUCACCUACUAACAGCACUGCAGAUAAUGUUUGCAAGGGAUGCUGUGGUUGCAGCAUUGAUGCCAGCCAGUAUGAUUGCACCAGUGGAGUGUCCAUCUUUAUCCACAGCUCCACCAUCGGAUAUGUCUGGAACAUCCAGUCCUAUUAACAGUGAUGAUGUGGGGUUGGCUAUGGAUUUAGAGGAACGAUUGAGCCCAAGUCCUUGGCAAGACAGACGAGGGGAGGUUCCUUCUGAAGAUGCUGUUACACCAUCUGCUGUUACUCCCUCUGCUUCUGCGGCCUCGUCCCGCCCUUUCAUUCCGGUCACAGAUGAUCCAGGAGCAGCAAGUAUCAUUGCAGAGACCAUGACAAAAACAAAAGAAGAUGUGGAAAGCCAAAGCAAAGUAUCAGGCCCUGAACCUCAGUGCUUGGAUGAAUUCACAAGUUUGCUUAUCCCUGAUGACACGCGAGUCAUGGUUGACCUUCUGAAACUGGCUGUCUCUAACAGGGCUGGUGAGAAGGGGAAAGAUGUUCUUUCUGCUGUGCUAUCUGGUAUGGGCACAGCAUAUCCACAGGUGGCUGACAUGCUGUUGGAGCUAUGUGUCACAGAGCUGGAAGAUGUGGCCACAGACUCCCAGAGUGGUCGCCUCUCCUCACAGCCUGUUGUGGUGGAAAGCAGCCAUCCAUAUACAGAUGACACUUCCACAAGCGGAACGGUAAAAAUACCAGGUGCCGAGGGCCUUAGGGUAGAGUUUGACCGCCAAUGUUCUACAGAGCGGCGUCACGACCCACUCACCGUUAUGGAUGGGGCCAACAGGAUAGUUUCAGUCCGAUCAGGCCGAGAGUGGUCUGACUGGUCCAGUGAGCUGCGGAUUUCUGGUGACGAGUUAAAGUGGAAGUUUAUUAGUGAUGGUUCAGUCAAUGGUUGGGGCUGGCGCUUCACAGUAUAUCCUAUAAUGCCUGCCGCAGGUCCGAAAGACCUCCUGUCGGAUCGUUGCAUCCUGUCAUGCCCAUCCAUGGAUCUGGUCACUUGCCUUCUUGAUUUCCGACUUAACUUUGCAGCCAACAGGGGUAUUGUUCCUCGUCUUGCAGCUUCCCUUGCUGCAUGUGCUCAAUUAAGUGCCCUGGCUGCAGGUCACAGAAUGUGGGCCCUUCAGAGGCUAAGGAAACUUCUAACCACCGAGUUCGGGCAAUCGAUAAACAUCAAUAGGCUCCUGGGAGAUGCUGAUGCAGAAGCUCGGACAUUGAGUUUCACUGGAAGUGCUUUAGCAGCUCUGGUCAAAGGUCUUCCUGAAGCUUUGCAGAGGCAAUUUGAAUACGAAGAUCCAGUUGUAAGAGGGGGCAAGCAGCUUCUUCACAGCCCAUUCUUCAAGGUUUUGGUGGCCCUUGCUUGUGACCUUGAGUUGGAUACACUUCCCUGCUGUGCAGAGACCCACAAAUGGGCAUGGUUUAGAAGAUACUGCAUGGCUUCCAGAGUUGCUGUUGCACUUGACAAAAGAACACCUCUUCCGCGUAUAUUUCUAGAUGAGGUGAGCAAAAAAAUCCGUGAAUUAAUGGGAGACAAUGAGAGCAUGAAUACCGUACAUGAAAGCCAUGAUGUGUUUAAAAGAGAACAAGACGAACAACUUGUCCAAUGGAUGAACAGGCGGCCUGAUGAUUGGACUCUGUCAGCUGGUGGAAGUGGAACUAUAUAUGGUUGGGGUCAUAAUCAUAGAGGGCAACUUGGAGGUAUUGAAGGUGCAAAAGUCAAAGUGCCUACACCAUGUGAAGCUUUAGCGACACUCAGACCAAUACAGUUAAUCGGUGGAGAACAAACGCUAUUUGCUGUUACUGCCGACGGAAAGUUGUAUGCCACUGGAUAUGGUGCAGGAGGGAGGCUGGGUAUCGGUGGCACAGAAUCUGUAUCCACACCCACACUACUGGAAUCUAUUCAACACGUCUUCAUAAAGAAGGUGGCUGUCAACUCAGGUGGGAAGCACUGUCUUGCCCUGUCUUCUGAAGGGGAGGUCUAUUCUUGGGGAGAAGCAGAAGAUGGAAAACUUGGCCAUGGAAACAGAAGCUCUUGUGACCGUCCCCGUGUUAUUGAAUCUUUAAGAGGAACAGAAGUAAUAGACAUUGCUGCAGGAGGUGCACACAGUGCCUGUAUUACUGCUGCAGGAGAGUUGUAUACUUGGGGCAAGGGAAGAUAUGGACGACUUGGUCAUGGAGACAGCGAGGAUCAACUGAAGCCAAAAUUGGUGGAAGCCCUGCAGGGAUAUCGUGUUAUAGAUAUCGCUUGCGGCAGCGGAGAUGCACAAACCCUUUGCCUGACUGACGAUGAUACGGUCUGGUCCUGGGGAGAUGGAGACUAUGGAAAAUUAGGAAGAGGUGGCAGUGAUGGCUGCAAAGUACCCAUGAAAAUCGACUCUCUAACAGGGCUUGGAGUAACAAAAGUGGAAUGUGGAUCUCAGUUUUCUGUGGCCCUGACAAAGUCUGGUGCUGUGUACACAUGGGGCAAAGGAGAUUAUCACCGGUUAGGCCAUGGUUCUGAUGACCACGUGAGACGACCCAGACAAGUACAGGGUCUUCAGGGGAAGAAAGUUAUAGCCAUCGCCACCGGAUCAUUGCAUUGUGUAUGCUGCACAGAAGAUGGUGAAGUUUACACAUGGGGUGAUAAUGAUGAGGGCCAGCUUGGAGAUGGGACCACCAAUGCUAUUCAAAGACCCAGACUUGUCGCUGCACUUCAGGGUAAAAAGAUUAACAGAGUUGCUUGUGGAUCUGCGCACACUUUAGCCUGGUCUACUAGCAAACCUGCUAAUGCAGGCAAACUUCCCACCCAGGUCCCAAUGGAAUAUAACCACCUCCAAGAGAUUAUGAUUGUUGGGUUGAGAAAUAGGUUGCUGUUGCUGCAUCAUAUUUCCGAGUUAUUUUGCCCGUGCAUCCCCAUGUUUGAUCUAGAGGGACGCCUUGAUGAGACCGGCCAGGGUCCCUCUGUUGGCUUUGACACUUUACGUGGGAUUCUCAUUUCACAAGGAAAGGAGGCUGCAUUCCGCAAAGUUGUCCAAGCUACCAUGGUGCGAGACAGACAGCAUGGCCCAGUGGUGGAAUUGAACAGGAUACAAGUUAAACGCUCAAGGAGUAAAGGUGGUUUGGCGGGCCCAGAUGGCACCAAAUCUGUUUUUGGCCAGAUGUGUGCAAAAAUGACUUCCUUCAGCCCUGACAGCCUUCUGCUACCUCAUCGUGUUUGGAAGGUCAAGUUUGUUGGUGAGUCAGUGGAUGACUGUGGUGGGGGUUACAGUGAAUCUAUCGCUGAGAUGUGUGAGGAACUUCAGAAUGGGCUGACACCGUUACUUAUUGUGACACCAAAUGGUCGAGAUGAGUCUGGUGCUAACAGGGACUGCUUCCUGCUAAACCCAGCUGCUAAAACCCCGCUGCACAUGAACAUGUUCAGAUUCUUGGGUGUGCUUCUUGGAAUUGCCAUUCGAACAGGGAGUCCUCUGAGCCUUAAUCUUGCCGAACCAGUAUGGAAGCAGCUGGCAGGCAUGAAUUUAACAAUUGCUGACCUUAGUGAAGUGGAUAAAGAUUUUAUUCCUGGACUUAUGUACAUACGAGACAAUGAGGCCACUUCAGAAGAAUUUGAAGCGAUGAUUCUUCCGUUUACUGUGCCAAGUGCAAGUGGUCAGGACAUACAGCUGAGCUCCAAGCAUACCCACAUUACCCUUGAGAAUCGGGCAGAGUAUGUGAGACUUGCAAUCGGCUACAGACUGCAUGAGUUUGAUGAGCAGGUUGCUGCGGUACGCGAAGGAAUGGCACGUGUGGUUCCUGUGCCCCUUCUGUCUCUCUUUACUGGCUAUGAACUGGAAACUAUGGUGUGUGGCAGCCCAGAUAUUCCCCUACACCUUCUGAAGUCUGUAGCCACCUACAAAGGAAUUGAGCCAACUGCAUCACUCAUCCAGUGGUUCUGGGAGGUAAUGGAGUCUUUCUCCAAUACAGAACGAUCCCUGUUCCUUCGGUUUGUAUGGGGCAGGACCAGGCUCCCCAGGACUAUAGCAGACUUCAGAGGCAGAGACUUUGUCAUUCAGGUUUUGGAUAAGUACAACCCUGCGGAUCAUUUCCUUCCAGAAUCCUAUACUUGCUUCUUUCUGUUGAAGCUGCCCAGGUAUUCCUGCAAGCAGGUACUUGAAGAGAAAUUAAAAUACGCCAUUCACUUCUGCAAGUCCAUAGAUACUGAUGACUAUGCACGGAUUGCACUAACUGGAGAGCCAGCAGCAGAUGACAGCAGUGACGACUCUGAUAAUGAAGAUGCUGAUUCUUUUGCUUCGGACUCCACACAGGACUACCUAACAGGGCACUGAAUGGAGAAGAAGCCAGCAAAGCCUAGUCUCCUCUAUCGCACUGAACACCCUAGCAUUAGAAUGGAAGCCAGCAAUCCAAAGCUUGCAGUGGACUUUACAGGGUCAUAGAGAGCGAGACUUCUAAACAUUUUUGCAUUGUAUUUGAAGAGAUGAGAGGGUGCCUAUUCCUAAUUACGCUGCACUGCACCUAUAUUGUGUUUUUAUUAAACGUGUUGUAAUGUUUAUUAAAGAGUGCAGUGUCCAGAAACAAACUUAAGGCAGCACUGCCUUUUACAUGUAAGUGCAAUAGUUCCCUAAUCCCCUUAUUUGGUGUUGUACUUUCUCGAUGGUUGCAAAUUACAGUGCUGUGCAGAACAGAAUAGUAUUAAUCACUUUCAUUUUACUCUGCUAAUGUUCAGCUUAUUAAAAUGUGUUUUCAAAGGCAUUUCAAAGUCACUAAAGAGUUAUAUUUGCAUAGGACAAGGGGAUUAUUCCCAUUCCUAACACUUGUCUUGUCUGUAUAUUUUAGCUCCUACAUAAUGCCACUAUAUAUAUAUAUGCAAACCAUUUCUCACUCUCCAAAUAAAACAUCACAAAACA